AUGCCCGGGGGAAAGAGAGGGCUGGUGGCUCCGCAGAACACCUUCCUGGAGAACAUCGUCCGGCGCUCCAGCGAAACCAGCUUUCUCCUGGGGAACGCCCAGAUUGUGGAGUGGCCUGUAGUGUACAGCAAUGACGGAUUCUGCAAGCUGUCCGGCUUCCACAGAGCUGAGGUCAUGCAGAAGAGCAGCACAUGCAGCUUCAUGUACGGAGAGCUGACAGACAAGAAAAGCAUUGACAAAGUGAGGCAGACAUUCGACAACUACGAGUCCAACUGUUUUGAGAUCCUGCUCUACAGAAAGAACCGCAGCCCCGUGUGGUUCUACAUGCAGGUGGCUCCCAUCAGAAACGAGAACGACAAGGUGGUUUUGUUCCUCUGCACGUUUAAGGACAUCACCCUGUUCAAACAGCCCAUUGAAGAUGAAACUACAAAAGGUUGGGCCAAGUUUGCACGACUUACACGGGCGCUAACCAACAACCGCAACACGCUGCAGCAGCUGGCACCCAUCGGCAAACAUGAAGUGAGCCAUAAACAGUCCCGACUGGCGGAGGUGUUGCAGCUCAACUCCGAUAUCCUCCCACAGUACAAGCAGGAAGCCCCGAAGACGCCGCCUCACAUCAUCCUGCACUACUGCACCUUCAAGACCACCUGGGACUGGGUCAUCCUCAUCCUCACCUUCUACACGGCCAUCAUGGUUCCCUACAACGUCUCCUUCAAGACCAAGCAGAACAACCUGGUGUGGCUGGUGCUGGACAGCGUGGUGGACGUCAUCUUCCUGGUGGACAUCGUCCUCAACUUCCACACCACCUUCGUGGGUCCCGGGGGAGAGGUGAUCUCCGACCCCAAACUCAUCCGCAUGAACUACCUGAAGACCUGGUUCGUCAUCGACCUGCUGUCCUGCCUGCCCUACGACAUCAUCAACGCCUUCGAGAACGUUGACGAGCUCACUCCUCUCUCCGUGUCAUCUCCCUCUAUCGCUAACUUCCCUUUCCACCUGUUACGCGCCUCUCCUGGAACCAAUGGAGAUUCCAUUGAUCUGCCUGAGAGUACGAUCUGGCCAGUCGUGGACCCAGCACACCCUCCAGCCCAACAGAAUGGGCCAGCCAGCAUGGACCCACCUGGAAAGAACGUGGAUCUGUGGGAGUUCUUUUACGGUGACCAAGUGGUGUAUUACCUCCGUAUGGUGAAGAGAACAGGGACCUGCCGUCAGCCCCAGCCUGUCCUGGUGGGGGCUCUGGAUGCACCUCUUCCUGUUCCCGAGAUGGGCCCAGGAGUCUCCAGCUUCAGGAGAAAAGAUGGCGGUGGCAGUCCCAGCCUCUUCCUGUUCCGGAGGUGGUCCCGGACGUACCCCAGCCUCUUCCCCCUUUCUGGGCAACACGCCUGGCUCGAGAUGGGCCCAGGAGUCUCAAGCUCCAGGAGAAACGACGGCGGCGCCAGCCGCAGCCUAGCAGACGCUUCCCCACCGAGCUCGGCGGCGCGAGACGGCACCUGCCCUGCGCUCUUGCGCGGAGGCAGCACAUACAAUGGGAAAGCCGGCAGCGGCUACCGCUGUUGUGGCUGGGGUCUACCAGACUUCACUGUCCUGCCCCCGUCACCACUUCCCGAUCGCCUCAGGACUUUGAUCCAGGAUGUUUUGCAGCUCAACUCAGAUAUCCUCCCGCAGUACAAGCAGGAAGCCCCGAAGACGCCGCCUCACAUCAUCCUUCACUACUGCACCUUCAAGACCACCUGGGACUGGGUCAUCCUCAUCCUCACCUUCUACACGGCCAUCAUGGUUCCCUACAACGUCUCCUUCAAGACCAAGCAGAACAACCUGGUGUGGCUGGUGCUGGACAGCGUGGUGGACGUCAUCUUCCUGGUGGACAUCGUCCUCAACUUCCACACCACCUUCGUGGGUCCCGGGGGAGAGGUGAUCUCCGACCCCAAACUCAUCCGCAUGAACUACCUGAAGACCUGGUUCGUCAUCGACCUGCUGUCCUGCCUGCCCUACGACAUCAUCAACGCCUUCGAGAACGUUGACGAGGGCAUCAGCAGUCUGUUCAGCUCCCUGAAAGUAGUUCGCCUGCUGCGUUUGGGCCGGGUGGCCAGGAAACUGGACCAUUACCUGGAGUACGGUGCCGCCGUUCUGGUCCUGCUGGUCUGCGUCUUCGGACUGGUGGCCCACUGGCUGGCCUGCAUCUGGUACAGCAUUGGAGACUAUGAGGUCAUCGAUGAGGUCACCAACACCAUCAAGAUGGACAGCUGGCUUUACCAGUUGGCUCUUAGCAUUGGCUCACCGUACCGAUACAACGCCAGCGGAACGGGCCAAUGGGAAGGCGGCCCUGGCAAGGACUCUCUUUACAUCACGUCUUUGUAUUUCACCAUGACGAGCUUGACCACCAUCGGUUUUGGCAACAUCGCCCCCACCACUGAUGGAGAGAAGAUCUUCUCUGUGGCCAUGAUGAUGGUUGGAUCUCUUCUUUACGCAACCAUCUUUGGAAAUGUGACCACCAUUUUCCAGCAAAUGUAUGCCAACACCAAUCGCUACCAUGAGAUGCUCAACAAUGUCCGAGACUUCCUGAAGCUCUACCAGGUUCCCAAGGGCCUCAGUGAGCGGGUGAUGGAUUACAUCGUCUCCACCUGGUCCAUGACCAAGGGCAUUGACACGGAAAAGGUCCUGUCCAUCUGUCCUAAAGACAUGCGGGCGGACAUCUGUGUCCACCUCAACAGGAAGGUGUUCAACGAACAUCCAGCGUUCAGGCUGGCCAGCGACGGCUGCCUGCGCUCCCUGGCCGUGGAGUUUCAGACCAUCCACUGUGCCCCUGGAGACCUCAUCUACCACUCCGGCGAGAGCGUCGACACCCUCUGCUUUGUUGUGUCAGGGUCACUGGAGGUCAUCCAGGAUGACGAAGUCAUUGCCAUCUUAGGUAAAGGUGACGUCUUUGGAGACGUCUUUUGGAAAGAAAUCUCACUUGCCCAUGCCUGCGCUAACGUUCGAGCGCUAACGUACUGCGAUCUCCAUGUUAUCAAGAGGGAAGCCUUACUCAAAGUCUUGGAGUUUUACACAGCGUUCGCCAACUCCUUCUCCCGCAACCUCGUCCUCACCUGCAACCUCCGCAAGCGGAUAAUUUUCCGCAAAAUCAGCGAGGUGAAGAAGGAGGAAGAGGAAAGACUGCGGGCAAAUAACGAGGUGCAGCUCACCAUCCCGCAGGACCAUCCGGUACGCAAGCUCUUCCAGAAGUUCAAGCAGCAAAAGGAGCUCCGCAACCAGGAGGCUGCAGCUGCUUCACAGGUGGACCUGGAGAAGAACCAGCUGCAAGGGGAGCAGCAGCACCAGCAGCACCUGCACCCCCACACGCUGCAGCUGGGACACUCCAGUCUGCAGCACUCCCUGCCCCUCAAUCUGCAGCGCUCCCACGCCUCCAUGCAGAACGGGGCUCCUCUCAGCAGCAGCGUGCUGACCGUGUCUCAGGUCACGCCCAUGCAGGGUUCGGUUGCCUACAACCACACUAGUGAGCCUCCUGCAAAGCAGAAUAACUGUGAUGUAAUGGAGCUAAAGCCCAGUUCUGGGGGGACGGGAGGAGAACAGCAUGUCAGGCUCAAAGUCAGCACAAGCCCUGGUCUGGGAAAGCCAGCCCCCAAGGCCGGCGGAUGGAUGCGCCUGAAAAGCAACAUGGCUCCAGUGGAGGCCAGGAAGGAGGGGCUAAACAACAAUGUCAAAGCCGUUUCCGUGGAGAUGCUCUCUCAGGACGCCAAAGGUCAAGAAGCAGAACACAGUGGCGAUGGAGGAGGGAGUGGUCUUUCCAACAACAACCCCCUCCGCAAGACAGACUCCUGCGACAGCGGCAUCACCAAGAGCGAGUUGCGGAUUGACCGUGCUGGGGAAGUACGCACCCCCGUGUCUAUUACCCCCCUGCUCCACAGCCCCGGGGGGGCAGGGUCUCCUCAUGCCUUCUGCACCGUGCAGGACCAGGCCCUACAGGCCUCUCUGCAAGAGACCCGCCUGGAGCUCCGGGGAGACAUCCAGUCUCUGGGAGGCCGUCUGGGUGCCUUAGAGGGUCAGGUGGCUGAGAUUAUCAAACUGCUGUCGGAUAAGACGCUCCCGGCCACGGGGACGCUGCCCGCCGCUGCCACACCCAAAACCAAAAUACAACGUCAAGACAUUUUUACUGUUUCCAGACCUGUGUCCCCGGACUCAGAGAAGGACGACGGACUUUGAAGAGAGCCCAACCAGUGGUGUAGCGGCGUGUACAGAGAUAAAACUUAUCAAAUGGCACGUGCUACAAUUAUCAGUUCAAUGUUACUUGCAUAUUUGGACAUCCGGCUGUAUUGAAUAUUUACGCCACUGGUUUUAAAUCUAAAGUGAAAUUGUUUCUUGAUUGUAAAUACCUCUCUAUGCAUGUCCAGCUGGAUUCUGGCCUGCCAAAGAAACUACUGCAUGCAGAUAAAGUUAAAGAGAAAUUUUAUUGAGCUACACUGUACAUAUGAAUAUUUUUCAUUGAUAAUUUAUUAUGUGGAAAUCCAGGGUUUGCAUAUUG